UAUUGAUAAUAAUCAUGAAUAUCUUAAAGUUGUAAUAAAUAUUGCAACAAGAUGGGAUUUGACAUAUAAGGCAUGGGUGAGAAUUUUAAAAUUAAAAUCAGCAAUUGAAGUAAUGCAAUUAAAAAUGAAAGAUUUAAUUAAAGUUUUACAACCUUUCGCUAAUGCUACAAAAAUGCUUGGUGGAAGUAAAUAUACUACAAUAUUAUAUGUUUUUCCAACUAUAUUAUCUCUUAAAAAAUUGCUUAAUAUUACAUAUGAUACUCAAGUUAAUAUAAAUUUUGAUAACUCUAAUACGGCUUUUAAUGAUGAUCAAGAGCUUAAAGAAAAGAUUGAUCUUAUAGAUAAACCUGAAAUACUUGAUGCUGAAGCCUAUUUGAUAACUGAAUAUGAAGCAUUUAAAGAACAAGAACCAAUACCAGCAGAUACAGUACAAAUGAAUAAUAAUCCUGAUAAAGAAGAGAAUGUGUUAUUAGCUGCAAUAUAUGAAUCUAUUUAA